CCUGAUAGAAAACGAUAUCAAAAUAUCGAGACCGACAAUAAAAAUCAAACAUGGAAACGACCGAAUCUCGUCAAAAUUUACUGAAUUGUAGUGAACAGAAAUCUAGUGAAGCUGAUUAUAAUGCCUUGAGAGAUCUGCCGGAUAAACCGUUAUCAGAAAUAGAAAAAACUUUUCUACUCCACGCUGAAAGGGGAGAUGUAGCCACAGUCAGAAGGAUAAUCGACGAAUACAAGGAAUUCAAAGAAGAAUUCGACAUCAACUGUGUAGAUGCUCUUAAUAGAUCAGCAUUAAUAAGUGCCAUCGAGAACGAAAAUAUCGAUUUGAUAAAAGUGCUUCUCGAGAAAGGAAUCUCUGUAAAAGAUGGUCUCCUACACGCCAUCAAAGAGGAGUAUGUUGAAGCAGUGGAAGUCCUUCUUCUAUAUGAGGAGAAACAUCACAUUCCGGGAGAACCUUAUAGUUGGGAGAGGGUGGACAGAUGCUCAUCAACUUUCACUGCAGACAUAACACCUCUAAUUUUGGCAGCUCAUAAGAAUAAUUUUGAGAUUAUCAAGAUCCUUCUUGAUAGAGGGGCUACUUUGCCGAUGCCUCACGACGUAAGGUGUGGCUGUGACGAAUGCGUAGCUUCUAGCAGUGCGGAUUCAUUGCAACACUCUCAAUCUAGAAUAAAUGCUUACAGAGCAUUAACAGCACCUUCUUUGAUCGCACUUUCAUCCAACGAUCCUAUACUUACAGCGUUUCAGCUGUCAUGGGAUCUUAGAAGGCUGAGCAGAAUGGAAACCGAAUUUAGAGCUGAAUAUAAUGAAAUGAGAGGUAAGGUACAAACAUUCGCCACAGCACUACUGCACCAUGUGAGGAGCUCUUACGAGUUAGAAGUUAUGCUAAACUAUGACCCAACCGGUGAAACGUGGGAUCCAGGGGACCAUCAGACUCUCGAAAGGCUUAAACUCGCCAUAAAAUAUAAACAGAAACAGUUCGUUGCUCAUCCUAACGUUCAGCAAUUAUUGGCAGCAAUUUGGUACGAAGGUCUCCCAGGUUUCCGAAGGAAAAAGUUGGUAGGACAAGCAAUUCAAGUAGCCAAGCUCGGUGCCAUGUUCCCAGUUUAUUGUACCGUUUAUAUUUUCGCCCCCGACUCAACGAUGGGAUCGUUCAUGAAUAAACCAUUCGUGAAGUUCAUUUGUAAUUCAAGUUCAUACGCGUUUUUUUUGAUGUUGCUUGGUGCCGCCUCACAGAGGGUGGAGAUUUUGUUUUUGGAACUUUUCGGAAACGAGUGGAUGAGAGCUUUGGUGCAGGAAUGGAAGAAGAGGGAGCGUGGUGCUUGGCCUGGACUGGCAGAAUAUGGAGUCAUCAUAUAUGUUAUAGGUAUAAUAUGGAGUGAAAUAAGCGCUUUGUACAAAGAUGGAUUAUUGGAGUAUGUGUCCGAUUUGUGGAACAUACUGGACUUCAUUACCAACUUUUUUUAUGUUAUUUGGUUGGCAGUUAGGAUGUCGGCUUGCUUCAUCACUUGGAGGGAAGAGCGAGCAGGAUUGAAUCCCUGGUACCCCAGGGAACAAUGGGACAUUUUUGAGCCAAUGUUGAUAUCCGAAGGUGCUUUCGCAGCUGGAAUGAUAUUUAGUUUUCUUAAGCUUGUACAUAUCUUCAGCGUCAAUCCUCACUUAGGACCACUUCAAAUUUCUUUGGGCAGGAUGAUUAUCGACAUCGUGAAAUUUUUCUUCAUUUAUACCUUGGUGCUAUUCGCUUUUGGAUGUGGGUUAAAUCAGCUGCUGUGGUACUAUGCAGAAUUGGAAAAGGAUAAAUGUUAUCAUCUUCCCAAUGGACUACCAGACUUUGAAAACCAGGACAAAGCUUGUACUAUCUGGCGAAGAUAUGCGAACUUAUUCGAAACAUCACAAUCGCUCUUUUGGGCGAGUUUUGGUUUAGUGGAUCUUGUGUCUUUUGAUCUUACUGGCAUAAAGGGAUUCACAAGAUUCUGGGCCCUGCUCAUGUUUGGAUCUUAUUCGGUAAUCAAUGUCAUUGUGCUUCUGAAUAUGUUGAUCGCUAUGAUGUCGAACUCUUACCAAAUAAUUUCGGAAAGGGCUGACACUGAAUGGAAAUUCGCCAGAAGUAAAUUGUGGAUGAGUUAUUUCGAAGACGACGAUGACCUUCCACCCCCGUUCAAUCUCAUGCCUCAGCCGAAGAACUUCCUUGGAAAAUGUCGCAAUAAGGAGAAGUCUAAAAGUUUUAUAAACAAAUCUAUGGAGAGAUGUAAAGAAAGAUAUAAUUUGGUGAUGAAGCUCCUUAUCAGAAGAUAUGUCACUGCCGAACAAAGAAACCGUGAGGACUUUGGUGUAACCGAGGACGACGUGAUGGAAAUUCGUCAGGAUAUUUCAUCUUUAAGAUACGAGCUUAUUGAUAUCUUGCGUCAAAAUGGAAUGACAACACCGAAAAUUGCUUCAGACGAAGUUCUAUUGGCUGGCAAGAAAUGCAAGCUGAUGGAAAGAAGAAUUCUCAAAGAUUUCCAGAUUGGUCUGAUGGGUGGUUUAGCGAAAAGUAUGGAGACAUUCGGAAAAGACACCAAAGAUGUAUUCGGCCAGCUGGCUAAAGUGAUAGCAAAGAAGACUAUAAAGAGGAAGUCUAAGAAUUGGAACGAAAUUGUGAAGAACAAAACUCUAACAGACGAUCAGAUAGGAUCAGUGGAUGUGGAGGAGAAAGCAAGACAGAAGAGACAGAGUUUGAGAAGACGAUCUCAAGAUGGAGAAGGCAAACAGAAGAGAGCGAGGAAGUUCCCGCCACUUUCUGAGGUAAUCAAAUUGGGUCAAAUGGAAUCAGCAGCUGCAGCAGCACACUUGCAGAUCAAACCUGAUCCGGAUAAGAAAGCAGAUCCAAUCAAUAAUUCACUCAAAAUUACGACAAGCCAGAAACCUUCCCUUAGUCCAAUACCCUCAAAAUCUCCCUCGGUAACACCUGCAACGUCCAGAACACCAACACCCACGACCUCUGUCAAUAAGAAAUCUGACACUGUCAUUACGAUGGAAGGCACGACUGAACCCUCAGUAAAAGUCACAACAUCCGUCGGUAGCAAAAACCAACAGACCACGAAUAAAAACGAAACGCCUACGGUGAAACGGACCGAGAAGGAAGAAAUUAAAGAAGAAGUUAAAAAGGAUGAAAAAAAGGGAGUCGAAUUCACCUGCAAGGCAACCACCGUUUCUGAAGUACCGAGACCUUCCAGUUCUAAACCUGCGGCAUCUAAAAAGAAUCUACCGUGGCUUUAAAACAGAUAAUGAGGAUUUUGUUUCAUUGAAAGGAUAUGUUUUCAUCAUUGAGUAGAUGGGAGUUUCAUUUAGAAAUUGUCUAUUUCGUACAUCAUGAAAAAGUGAAAAAAUUUUCGUUCUAUGUUUCUAGCAAUUUCAGAGCAAUCGUCUCUUGUAAUGUAGAUAAAUAAAAAAUGAGCGAUGG